UAGAAAUUGGACAGCUUCUGCACGGACCAGCCCAUCAAAUUCUGCGUCGGGCGACGUGGAACAAAAGCUAAAGGGGUGCCGGCUUUGAAGGCGGUCUGUCCUCCAAACGCCCUUGAAGCAUAACAACCACGAGGACGAGCAAGCCACGACUUCUCGUCCAACCCAAUACAUUCACCGCAUCAUGGCUGGCAAGGUGAAAUACGAGUUUGCAGGCCCCCCCGGCGCCACGGCCAUCGUCUUCGGCCUGCCGGUCCUGCUGUGGGUCUUCUUCUUCGCCUGCAACGACGUCACGGGCUGUCCCGUCCCGUCGCUGCUGAGCCCCCGAACUCUCACCUGGGACAAGCUCAAGUCUGAGAUCCCGUGGCCCGCCGACGGCCUUCGCGGCUUCGUCAGCUGGGAGGCCACCGGCUGGCUGCUGGCCUACUACUUCCUGAGUCUGGUCCUCCACGUCGUGCUCCCUGCCCCGGAGGUCCUCGGCACCAAGCUCAAGGAGUCUGGACGCCCGCUCAAGUACCGCUUCAAUGCCUUCUCCGCCACCAUCGUUCAGCUAAUCGGCUGCGCCGUUGGCACGUACCUGCAGGGCGCCAACUUUGUCGUCUGGACCUUCAUCUCGGACAAUUAUCUGCAGCUGCUGACCGGAAACAUCAUCCUGGCCUUUGCCAUCUCCAUCUGGGUCUAUGUCAAGAGCUUCUCCGUCAAGCCGGGCAACCCCGAGCUGCGCGAGCUUGCCGCCGGAGGCCACACUGGCAACUUGAUCUACGACUUCUACAUUGGUCGCGAGCUGAACCCUCGUGUCACCCUUCCCAUCUUCGGCGAGAUUGAUGUCAAGACCUUCCUCGAGAUGCGCCCUGGCCUGACAGGCUGGAUCCUGAUGGACCUGGCCUUUAUCGCCAAGCAGUACCGCUCCUACGGUUACGUGUCCGACAGCAUCGUCUUUACAGCCAUCGUCCAAUCCUUUUACGUCCUUGACGGCCAGUACCUCGAGCAGGGCAUUAUGACCAUGAUGGACAUCACCACCGAUGGCCUCGGCUACAUGCUGACCUUUGGUGAUAUCGUUUGGGUGCCCUUUUUGUAUUCGACUCAAUGCCGCUACCUGUCCGUCUACCCGGUCCAGUUGGGCAUCCCCGGCGUCGCCUCCGUCACUGCCGUUUUCCUUAUGGGGCUUUACAUCUUCCGCGCCGCAAACACCCAGAAGAACGUCUUCCGCACCAAGCCCGACGACCCCAGCGUCAAGGGCAUGUCCUACAUCCAAACCAAGCGCGGCACCCGUCUGCUCACCGCCGGCUGGUGGGGGCGCUCCCGCCACAUCAACUACUUUGGCGACUGGCUCCAGGCCUCGCCCUUCAGCCUGCCUACCGGCAUCGCCGGCUACCUCAUCCUCCCCGGAGGCGUCGCCUUUGCCGGCGCAGGUGCCACUAUGCUCGACGGCCGCGAGGUUGUGCAGGACGCUGCUAGGGGCUGGGGCAUGGUGUUCACAUACUUUUACGUCCUCUACUUUGCCGUCCUGCUCAUCCACCGUGAGGGCCGUGACGAUGCCGCCUGUGCCGAGAAGUAUGGCGACGACUGGGUCAAGUACAAGAAGGCUGUGCCGUGGAAGAUCCUGCCCUACGUCUACUAAACACAAUCGGCGUAAACUGUUCGCGCCGGCUCCCAACAAAGUCGUGCGCAUUCCUUAUUUUGUAUCUAAUGCGCAUAGUCCCGGGCAUUGGGAACUUGAGUGUUUUCUUCCUCAACCAGCUUUUCCAUGAUAUAUCUCUACCAGCCCUCAAACCGAGCUCAUCUAUCACUUAGGAUCCCAUGAAAUUACUGGAUAGGAUAA